GUGAAGGUGUGGCCUCACAGGAGCAGCAGCACAACAUGCAGGUGGAGGGAAUAAAAUGUGAUCGGCGCCACUGUCUGCUCGGUUACCGCUAACGACAAUGACACCAAAACUUCUAUUCUGGGUCCUCAUCCUAAAUGCCUCACUCAAGCUAUCGGACAACCAUACUCCUGUCUUUGAGGGCGGAAAGGACUAUGAGCUCGUUCGACCUGUCAGACUUCACCUUGUCAGAAGAAGAGACACUGGGAACCUCAGGCCAGAGACCAUUAGAUAUGCCAUGACGGUAGAAGGAAGAGACCUUGAAAUGCACUUACAAAAAAACAAUGACUUACUUACUCAAGACUACACUGAGACCUUUUACCAAGGAGAUGGCAAACAAGUCACCACUUUUCCAAAUGACAUCGAUCACUGCUACUAUCACGGGAAGAUUGUGAACGAAAGUGACUCGGCGGUUAGCAUCAGCACGUGUGACGGACUUCGGGGUUAUUUCAGGACAUCAGCCCAGAGGUACUUAAUUGAGCCCCUCGCUGGCGAUGAUGAGGGGGAUCACGCAGUGACGAAGUUCAACGAGAAGGACUACACACCCGCAGUGUGCGGUGUCACCAACACAACAUGGAGCACAGAUUUCGAGCCCCCAACAAGCCGCAGUCGCUCAAGAAAAGCGGGUAUAUCGAUUGAGUACCAACAGAAGUACAUUGAGCUCUACCUUGUUGCUGAUAACCGGGAGUAUGUGAAGCUGAAUCGGGAUCAAACGGCCCUGAGGAAGAGGAUAUUCGAAAUCGUGAAUUAUGUCAACCUGGUGUACAAACCCCUGAGGACCUUUAUUGCUCUUGUUGGGCUGGAGAUCUGGUCCAAUGGUGACUUGAUCUCCAUCACUCCUCCAGCUGGAGCUAACCUAAAUGGUUUCAUGACAUGGAGGAAUUCUGUUCUGGUCAAGAAAAAAAAACAUGACAAUGCGCAUCUUAUCAGUGGGAUUGACUUUGAGGGAGCAACGGUGGGACUGGCGUACAUUGGGACGCUGUGUUCCGGUCAUUCUGUUGGAGUUGUGCAGGACCACAAUAAUCGGGCCAUUGCCGUGGGAGCCACGUUGGCCCACGAGAUGGGCCAUAAUCUUGGCAUGAAUCAUGAUGACUCCAGUGCUUGUAUCUGCCCUGGUGAUAGCUGCAUCAUGGCUGCGUCCCUCAGCUGGGAAACCCCUCGCACUUUCAGUAGCUGCAGCAGCAGAGACUAUAACAGAUACUUGACUGGCCGCAGCCCAAGCUGUAUGCUGGACAAGCCAGACUACAGGAGUCUGGUGGUGCCCUCUGUCUGUGGAAACGGUUUUGUGGAGAAAGGAGAGCAGUGUGACUGUGGCCCUGAAGAGGAGUGCACCAACCCAUGCUGCAAUGCUACCACUUGCGCCCUAAGUGAGGGUUCCCAGUGUGCUGCAGGGGAAUGCUGUGACAAGUGCAAGAUACUUCCACGAUCUUGGGAGUGUCGGACGAAGCAGGAUGAGUGUGAUCUCGCAGAAUAUUGUGAUGGUGAGAACGCCGCCUGUCCUGAGGAUGUAUUCAGUGUCAACGGCUUACCGUGCGAUGAAGGUUCUGGUUACUGUCAUAACGGCCAGUGUCCCAAAAGAUCAGACCAGUGCAUCAAAUUAUACGGACCAAGUGCUAUUGACGCUCGUCCUUCCUGCUACAACCAGAACACCAGAGGAACUUACUAUGCCUUCUGCAAACGUCCCUCAAAUGAUCGACACAUCCCCUGCCAGCAACAAGAUGUGUUUUGUGGCAAGCUCUUCUGUCACCAUGGAAACGACAACCCAAACUAUGGUCGCAUGGUGAGGAUUGGUGACUGCAAAGCAGCUUUCUUUGGAGACUACACGAAAGACUACGGCCAGGUGGACACCGGUACCAAAUGUGGGGACGGAAAGGUGUGCAGUGACAAUCAAUGCGUGAGUCUUCCGGUGGCUUUCAGAAACACAAACUGUUCAGCAAAAUGUCCUGGCCACGCGGUGUGCAAUCACAGAAGCGAGUGUCAGUGUGAACCCGGCUGGUUGCCUCCUUCAUGCAGUUCCAAGGACAAUGAAUUCAGCUCUCUUUCUCGUGGAUCGACUGUUGCCAUCGCAGUGACAAUUUCAUUAGUGGUUCUGGGGAUUAUUGCUGCCGUUGCGGUCGUCAUCUGGAAAAAGCGACAGAGUCCCAUUUUACCAACUGCCCAUAACGUAAGGAAGAAGCCGGCAGCGGACAGCUCCGCUUUCCAUCUUAACAAAGCACCCGCUCCCCGUCCACCCACCCAAGUGCCGCCGGCUAAGAGGCCAAAACCCAAAGGAGCUCCUCCUCCUCCACCUCUAGCAGCGGCAAACAGACCAAAUCCCACAAGCCAAAAUUACAUGGGAGUCCGUCAGGCACUAAGGCCAGUACCCCCACCGAAGGUCUAACGGAUGCCACUGCACUAUUUCCAGUAAUGUCCACCCUCUCCUUGGACCACAGUUAUUUGUUGUGCAGGUUUUCUACUGCAGUGCAGUCGGGGGCGCAGAGGAGCUAAAUGGACUGCCUUGAGUAGAGCACUGAAGACUGGACUCGCAAAGACUGUUCUUUAAACACAUUGAGCUCUGCCAUUUGAUACCUUUUAUUAUGUCCAAACAACAGAUACCUUUAUUUGCCAGUGACUGUACUGAGGAAAAAGUAAUUGUAUUUUUUAUUUUAUUUUUUUAAUCUAAGUGUAUCCUCCACUGAAUUUUAAUGUUGUGGUCUUGAAUUCAACAGCUAACGGUUCUGUAUGAACCGUUGACUCGGUUUUCGUCACUGUUAAAUGUAGCAACAAGAACAACAAAUCAGCUUCAUCAUGCCA